GGCGAGGAGUGAGAGAUAAAAAUGGAUCUCCUAGGAUCAAUUCUAAACAGCAUGGAUGCUCCACCAUCGACAGAAAACAAAAAGGCCAAAGAGGAGAAAGCCAAACUGAAGAAGCUCCAAAUCGAACAAAAGAAAAAGAAUGCAGAAUUCCGUUCAAAGACUGAGAAGCAAGUCACUGAAUUUAUAAAAGAUACCAAAGAAACAAGACUCAAGUUUCCACCAAUGACCAGAGUGGAGAGGAGUAUUGUUCAUGAUGUUGCAGAGAUUGCUGGUCUUACUACAUUUUCUUUUGGAGAAGAUGAAGUAGACAGAUAUGUUAUGCUUUUCAAAAAGGAAUUUGCACCCUCUGAUGAAGAACUUGAGGCAUACAGGAAUGGACAGGAAUUUGAUCCAGAAAGUACAGUAAAGCUCAAGGAAGCAUCUGAGAGUAAUGUUGAUGAAACCAGCAAGGACACACAGCGCAAGUCGUCAAAACUUUCCAAACAAGAACCGUCCACAUUUUACAAAGACAAGUACAGACACUUACUGGGUACCGACAGUGGAAAAGAUGCCGCCAAGGCUACAAAAAGUAACUCAGCGUACGGUUAUGUUCCCAGUGAAAACAAGCGGGAUCUGCGUUCAAUUGAGGAGACACUAAACGAUAUUCGUAAGAGGAAGAAGUUUCGACCGGGUGAGGUUGAUGAUGAGGAAGAUGAUGUCGAAGCUGAAGACAAUGGCUAACCUUCCCAUACAGUCCUCGAGGAAAUUUUUGGAUUCUCUUGAAGAGGAUAACACCUUCUCUAUCGUUCUGUCAUCCAGAGAGCGGAAUUCGUUAUUUUAUUAUCGCUGCGAGGGUCGUUAGGGGCCAAUUUUAGCCUCUACAGAAUACAACAAUAUUCAGCGAAAAUGUGUCAAAUCUUGUAGCAAACUUGAGGUAGUAACCUUGUGGCUAGUUGUAAAUUCGAUUUUAAGAAUAUUUUUUCGUGAUUUGCCCAUAGAACAAGAACAUGUAUGAUGUAGUUGAAAUGUUGAUAGUGGUUUCACCUGUUUGUAAAAUUUGAAACGAUUCAAUUCAUCGACAGGUUUUGUGAGGCGUAGCAGGUAUUCAAUUAGUUUAGAUGAACACGUUCCUUUUUUCUGAAUUCA